CCAUGAUCGACUCAGCCCUCGUCCCUGAUUUCUGGACUGGCGUCGCGAUCUUUGUCGUCCUCUACCUCGUGAAAUGGCGUCUUGACCCACUGUAUCACAUCCCGACGGUGGGAGGCUCGUCCCUUCCGCUCCUUUCAUACAUCGGGGCGCGCAAAUUUGUGGAUCAAGCCAAGGAUGUCGUUUCGCAAGGCUACCAGAAGCAUUACGGCAAACCCUUCAAAGUCCCCAUGAUGGACAGGUGGAUGGUGUUUAUCUCUGGCCCGGAGGUGUUGGACGAUAUCAGACGCAGGCCAGACGAAGAAGUGUCGUUUUCGGAGAGCGUCGAAGACGAUAUGCAACUCAUGCACAUCAUCGAUCGCAACGCGAUUGAGAACCCGUACCAUGUCGCUAUGAUCAGGGACAAGCUCACGCGAGCCCUCCCGGCCGUCUUGCCGGACGUCGUUGACGAACUGCGCCUGGCAGUGCCAGAGCAUAUCCCGGCCGUCUCAGGAGAGUGGACGGAGGUCAACGUGCUGGGCGCUUUCCAGCAGAUCAUAGCUCGUGCAAGCAGCCGCGUUUUCGUCGGUCAACCGCUUUGUCGCAAUGAGGAAUAUCUUGCUCUCUCGAUCCAAUUCGCUAUAGACAUCAUGAAAGAUCGAGACCGAAUCAGCUGGUUCCCGCAAUUCCUGAAGUCAUACGUCAGCAUGAGCUACAGUUUGGCCAGGCGUUCGCUGAGCAGGAACAGGGAGUUAUUGCAGCCGGUCAUCGAUGAACGCAAGGAGAUGAUGGAGAAAUGGGGGGACGACUGGACUGACAAGCCGAACGACCUGUUGCAAUGGUUCAUGGAAGCCCAGCAGACGGAUGACCAGUUCAGGACGAUCGCCGACAGGGUCAUGAUCACAAAUUUCGCUGCAAUACACACUUCUUCAUUGAGUGGCAGUCUCACUCUUCUAUGGCUCGCGGACCACCCGAAGUAUAUUGAGCCGAUCCGCGAAGAAAUCGAGGAAGUUAUUGGCGAGCAAGGCUGGACGAAGGCGGCCAUGGGUAAGAUGUGGAAGCUCGACAGCCUACUUAAGGAGUUCCAACGCCACCAGGGCCUCGGUCUGGCUUCACUCACGCGGAAAGUGAUGAAGGAUAUAACGCUGCGCGAUGGCACCGUUGUGCCGCGCGGCACGACGAUCAUUGCGACGACCUACGACAUCCACCACAACAGCGCCAAGUACGAGAACCCAGACGUCUUCGACCCGUUCCGCUUCUCGCGCGUGCGCGCGGACUCGGAGGAGGAGCGCGUCAAGAACCAGCUCGUCAACACGUCUGUUGACUACAUGCCCUUCGGCCACGGAAAGCACGCGUGCCCUGGACGCUUCUUUGCGGCAAACGAGCUGAAGGCGCUGCUCGGGUACAUCAUCCUCAAUUACGACUUCAAGAUAGGCGGCGACGGCCACGCCGGGCCUCCGUCCUACAGUGGCCUAAUUGUCAUUCCUGCUACGAACGCAACGGUGAAGUUCAGGAAGCGCGAGUCGAAGGUAUAGCCUGGCUUCGGGGUAGUGUGAGGUACGAUGUAGCAUCCCGUACACAAGUUUCCGGCCAUGCCUUUUGCAUACCGACAUCGGACAAAUUCAUCGUUAGACUCUC